UUUCAGUGAGUGGAAAUGAUGCAGUUGUAGAUCAAAAUUUUGAGUCUGAAGUUUCCUUGUCACAAGUUACAGAUUCAGAUUUCGAAUUCAUAUCAUCUCAGUCUACAAGUGCAUCUAAUUGGUCAAAAGAUGAAAGAACUCAACGUGAACUAUUCAACCAGGCAAUGGAUAUUCUAUCAAGUGGUGAUUACCCCCCUUUAAAGUGCCAGGUUUCUCAGAAAUUGGACCAGUUACAGUACUCAACAAAGAAGUAUUACAUACGUCAAGCACGUUUGGCAAUUGAGCUUGUUUGUGAGAGCAUUGCACCAUGCCAAGGUAGAGAUUUGAUGCAUCAAGUUUUUGACAGCAUUCCAAAGGAGAAACCAAAACAAAGUGAUGCAAUUACCGAAACAGUUAUUUCAGCUUACAUGAAGGCAGAGGAUCAUACUACGAAAGUGCAGAUUUUAUCAAUAAUUGUAGGACAAUAUACCAAAUCAGAACUCUUGUCUCUUGUUGAAGGGUUAACUCUCUACAAAAUUGAUGCUGCAAGAAAGUAUGCUGCGACCCAUGGACCAGGGCAGUACAUUACGCCACCAAAGAUCACACGAGUACGAAUACCAAAAGAGAAGAUACAUCAUUUCAUUCAGUUCAUUUCAUCUCCAGCUUACCUGCAAGUUGUCGGAUUUGGAUCAAGACACUUGAAAUUAUCAUCAGGACUAAGUGUAAAAAUUCCAAAAGUGAUACGAACUAUGAUAGCUUCUCGACUCAUCACCGCAUACGAUACCUAUUGCAAAGAAAACUCAAUCAUUCCUCCAUCAAGAGCAACCCUAUAUAAAAUCAUCAAAGCAUGCCCUGCCUCUCAACUGAAGUCUCUGCAUGGAUUGGACAACUACAUCAGUGAUGGAAUGGAUGGUAUUGAUACAUUGAAGAAAUUGAUAUCCAGUCUUGCUAUGAAGGGUCUUUCAGAGAGCAAAGUUGCUGAAAUCCAGAAAAUGAUGGAAACAUUGAAGGUACAUCUGAAGAAUGAGUUCAAAAGUCACAUCUCCCCUUCUAGUGACUGCAUUCAUCACUGUACUCAGUUUGCAUUGUCCGAAAAGGAAUGUGAUCAUGUGCAUAAUGCCAGCUGCCAGUUAUGUGAAACUAUGUAUCAUGUGAAAUUGGAAAUUGCUGAUCUCGUAAAACGUACAACUUUUAACAGCACUCAAGACAAAGAAGAAACAAACCACGAUUUUGAGUUGGCAAUAGAAAAGAUAUGGGCAUGGAGAGAUCAUUCAAUUAGAACAGUGAACCAGGAUCUGUGCAGAGAGAAUAUCAUUCAGAACCUACAGGAACAUGAAGUGAUGAUCAUAGCUGACUGGGCAAUGAAGUAUUUACCACAAACUUUUCGUGAAACACAGUCCGAGUGGUUUGGCAAGCAGGGUAUCAGCUGGCACAUGAUUUGUGGGAUUCUUUGUCAGGCACAGUCAACAACAGAAGAUAAAGAAGACCAGAAGAACGUUGAGAUAGUUUCCAUAGUGCAUCUUGUGGAAGAGGGUAAACAAGGAUGGCACUUAGUUAGUCAAAUUUUCAGCAAUGCUUUCAAAGUGUUGAAGUCCAUCCAUCCACAUCUAAGGGAUGCAUACAUCAGAUCAGAUAAUGCGGGUUGUUACCAUUCCUUACCAAUGCUGUCCUUUCUCUGGAAAUUCCGCAAUGAAUUGCCACUAGUUGUAAAGCAGUAUGAUUUCAGUGAAGCACAAUCUGGCAAAGACUUGUGUGACUCGCGAACAGGAUCCUGCAGGCUUCACAUGCUGAAUUACAUCAAUGAAGGCCAUGACAUCACAAACACUUUGCAAAUGAAGGAGGCACUUGAAAGUCAUGGUGGUAUAAGAAACACCUAUGUUUCCAUUGUUAGCCCAACAUCUCCUAUUGAUACACAGCCAAUACUUUGUGGGCAGUUGAAGAAUUUUCAGAUCUCCAAGUAUAACAAUUUCAGCUUUGAAGAUGAAGGACUUAGGGCUUACAAAGCUUAUGGAAUUGGAGGAGAGCUGAUAAAUGCUUCAGAUAUUUCCAGGAUUUCCGAGCAACUGUCAUUAGCAGAUGAAAAGUUGGUAUUUUCUGACCCAAAACAACCAGAUUUCAAAGCAGCAUAUAUAAGGGGGAGCACAACCAGAGACAACUUUUCUUGCAUUGAACCAGAUUGUAUUCGGGUGUUUAAAAAAGAAAACCAACUGAUUCACCAUCUUGCUGUUGGUAAGCAUGUGUAUGAUGAUGAAAAUUUGGACAAUCUGAAAGACAGGAGCAUGCGAAUUUGGUCUUCCCAGUGCCAGGAACUGCAACUGAAUCAACCUGUAUCCUGCUAUGGUGUGGAAAUCUCAGAAUCCAAUUUUUUUGCUGAAUGCCCUGGAUAUGCAUUAAAAAAGAGAAAAAAAGCAGUCCGCUUCUCUCCAAAGGUGAAGAACUAUCUAUCAGUGUUAUAUAAUCAUGGAGAAGAGUCUGGGAAGAAGCCUAGUCCUUUCACGAUCUCCAAACAAAUGAGAUGCGAGACAGAUGUCGAUGGGAACUGUCUUUUUUCACCAGCUGAAUGGCUUUCACAUCAACAGAUUAGAAGUUUCUUUGGAAGUUUAUGUAUGAAGAAGCAGAGAGAAGCUGAAAGAUCUGGAAAAUCCCCUGACAUAAAAAAGGAUGAUAAUCUUGAAGAGGAUGAAGACCUUCAAAACAUUAUCAGUGAUUUGGUGGCACAUGAGCAUCAGAGUUUACUAUCAAACAUUGUUAAAGAAUUAACAUUUUGAAAAUGGUGUGUUUCAGUUUAUGAACUGUUACAUGCUAAUAGUUUACUUCUGCUUGUCAGUAUACAAACAAUCAAAUGUGAAUUUCAUGCUUUCAUGUAAGUUCGAUAAAUCUGAUUUGCCAAGAAGUGAUAUUUAAAAAUGUGGACUUUUUUUCACCUCAGUUUGGGACCCAUUGUUUUUCACUCAUUUUGCCAAACUUUGAGUGCAGUAUGUAGCUUCUGUAAAUUUUAGCUAUUGUAUUUCCUUUUAAAGUAAGAUGGACAUUAAUACACUUGAUACUUUUCAAAUGCAUGUAAAGGAAGUUGAAUGAGGAUUGCCAUAUACUUCAUGAGAUAUAUUGUUUUUGUUUUUAUAAAUCUAAGGUAUUAUGAAAGACAAUUGAUCAAGUUAAUUCUUUUCAUUUAUUUGUAUAAUUUUUUUUGCAUCACUUGAAAGUCUAGAAUUUACAGCUUGCCUAUGUAUUAGUUUGUAUUUUAAUAUACAUAUAUGAAUCAAAGAAUUUACAGCUGACAGACUCUUGAUAUAACUAAUUAGUAAUACUUGUAAAUAUGAGAGACCCAUAGGUCACAUCUUUCACCUGAGUAACUUCUUUACGAAUUCCCCUUUUUAUAGUAGUAAUAUCAUUUAUUUGUAUGAUUUUA